GGGGCAUUUAUUACAGUGCAGAGGUGAUGCGCGGAGGCCUUGCAGCCAGACACACCUGAGUGCACGCCUGCUUCUCCACAGACCUGCACUGUGACCUUGGGCACACCUGGUCUGCUCUCUGAGCCUCUGGCUACACACAACCCAGCUGUACCAGCAUGUGCCAGAGACACGCUGGCCAAUCGUGUACUCGCCGCGCUACAACAUCACCUUCAUGGGCCUGGAGAAGCUGCAUCCCUUUGAUGCCGGAAAAUGGGGCAAAGUGAUCAAUUUCCUAAAAGAAGAGAAGCUUCUGUCUGACAGCAUGCUGGUGGAGGCGCGGGAGGCCUCGGAGGAGGACCUGCUGGUGGUGCACACGAGGCGCUAUCUUAAUGAGCUGAAGUGGUCCUUUGCUGUUGCUACCAUCACAGAAAUCCCCCCCGUUAUCUUCCUCCCCAACUUCCUUGUGCAGAGGAAGGUGCUGAGGCCCCUUCGGACCCAGACAGGAGGAACCAUAAUGGCGGGGAAGCUGGCUGUGGAGCGAGGCUGGGCCAUCAACGUGGGGGGUGGCUUCCACCACUGCUCCAGCGACCGUGGCGGGGGCUUCUGUGCCUAUGCGGACAUCACGCUCGCCAUCAAGGGCACAGGACAUGCCCCCUCCUCCAGGGAGCCUUCCGUGACCACCUCCUGCAUGCACACAUGGAGCCCCACAGCUGGAGCUGCACAGCUCUCCCUGUUUCUGUUUGAGCGUGUGGAGGGCAUCUCCAGGGCUACCAUCAUUGAUCUUGAUGCCCAUCAGGGCAAUGGGCAUGAGCGAGACUUCAUGGACGACAAGCGUGUGUACAUCAUGGAUGUCUACAACCGCCACAUCUACCCUGGUGACCGCUUUGCCAAGCAGGCCAUCAGGCGGAAGGUGGAGCUGGAGUGGGGCACAGAGGAUGAUGAGUACCUGGAUAAGGUGGAGAGGAACAUCAAGAAAUCCCUCCAGGAGCACCUGCCCGACGUGGUGGUAUACAAUGCAGGCACCGACAUCCUCGAGGGGGACCGCCUUGGGGGGCUGUCCAUCAGCCCAGCGGGCAUCGUGAAGCGGGAUGAGCUGGUGUUCCGGAUGGUCCGUGGCCGCCGGGUGCCCAUCCUUAUGGUGACCUCAGGCGGGUACCAGAAGCGCACAGCCCGCAUCAUUGCUGACUCCAUACUUAAUCUGUUUGGCCUGGGGCUCAUUGGACCUGAGUCACCCAGUGUCUCUGCACAGAACUCAGACACACUGCUGCUUCCCCCUGCAGUGCCCUGACCCUUGCUGCCCUGCCUGUCACGUGGCCCCGCCUAUCCGCCCCUUAGUGCUUUUUGUUUUCUAACCUCAUGGGGUGGUGGAGGCAGCCUUCAGUGAGCAUGGAGGGGCAGGGCCAUCCCUGGCUGGGGCCUGGAGCUGGCCCUUCCUCUACUUUUCCCUGCUGGAAGCCAGAAGGGCUUGAGGCCUCUAUGGGUGGGGGCAGAAGGCAGAGCCUGUGUCCCAGGGGGACCCAUACGAAGUCACUGGCCCUUAGGUCCAGGGAGGCAGGCAGUUAACUGAGAAUCGGAGAGGACAGGCUAGGUCCCAGGCACAGCGAGGGCCCUGGGCUUGGGGUGUUCUGGUUUUGAGAACGGCAGACCCAGGUCAGAGUGAGGAAGCUUCCACCUCCAUCCUGACUAGGCCUGCAUCCUGACUGGGCCUCCCUCCCUCCCCUUGGUCAUGGGAUUUUCUGCCCUCUUUGCCCCAGAGCUGAAGAGCUAUAGGCGCUGGUGUGGAUGGCCCGGGAGGUGCUGGAGCUAGGCCUCCAGGUGGGCCUGGUUCCCAGGCAGCAGGUGGGAACCCUGGGCCUGGAUGUGAGGGGCGGUCAGGAAGGGGUACAGGUGGGUUCCCUCAUCUGGAGUUCCCCCUCAAUAAAGCAAGGUCUGGACCUGCCUUCCCAGGCCCUUUUGUGGGGGUGAAGGUGGGGAAGGCCUGCGGCGCCCAGAUCACUGCCUUAGCAGUAAUCUUGCCUGUUCAGUGCAAGGGGCAGGUUUUGGGGGAGGAAUUCUUAGCUCAAGGACAGGCCUCAGCCCUGUCGCCUCCAGGGGGCCGCUGACCCAGGUGGGGAGGGGCAGAAGAAGGGUGGGGGACAUGGGCAGGCCAGGCUCACAGGUGGAAAUCAGGCAUGCAGGGUGGUGCCCAAGCCAGGUCCUGCAGGAACCCAGGCCCAGGGAGGGACCCAGACACUGGUGAGGCGGGGCAGGGGUUCCUGGAGAGAGGGCAGCGAGGAUCUCUAUCCUGGCCUGGGGAUUAUGAACAUAGGUAGCCGGGGCAGGGCCCUGGGUGGGACUGUGGCCUCCACUGGCCUCACCAAAGUGCCUGGGCCCCAGUCCUUCUCCAUGCCCAGGGCCCCCAGGUGGGCCAGACCUCUGGCCUGUUCCUCAGCCCUACUCAUGGGGACAUUCAGGGACCUCCAGGAAGUGGGUGGGGGAGCAUCCACCCCUGCUAGCCAGCAGCUGUGGCCCUGAUCGAAUCAGGGGCUGGGGAGGGAAAGUGGGUCCAUUGAGGUGGCCCUGCUCCAUCAGCCCCCUACGGGACUUGUGUUCAUUACAGUGAGGGGGUGCUCCCACUAUCUCCCGGCCUCCAUAAUGCUCCCUCUGCUGCAGGGAGAAGGGUUCCAAGAUCACAAAAUGUCAACAAUGCUGGCCUCCUGGACCAGGCCCUGAGGCUCUAACAAUGCACUCUGAGAUCCCUACCCUUGCCGUUGGUCUCUGUCACUGACUCGAGGCAUCUAACAUCCGUUCACACCCAACACAGGCCAGCGACUUCUGGGGCUCAGCCACAGACAUGGUUUGUCACUGUUGAGCUUCUGUUCCUAGAGAAUCCUAGAGGCUUGAUUGGCCCAGGCUGCUGUGUGUGCUGGAGGCAAAGAAUCCCUACCUCCUAGGGGUGAAAGGAAAUGAAAAUGGAAAGUUCUUGUAGCGUAAGGCCUGACAUGGGUAGCUGCUCAAUAAAUGCUAGUGUGUUAUUCCA